AUUCUAGGUUCGAAUACGUAUCAAUGUUUGAAGGUGUACAGUGCGUAACAGAAUUGAGUAAUGCAGUAGUAGUAGCUACAUUUCAUACCCCACAACAAGCUCAACAGUGUAUACUAGUAUCGCAAGAUAAUGCUGAUAUACAAGUUACUAGAGCAGCUACUGCAGCUGUUACACAAGGUCCCAAUGUUAGGAAGGUGAAUCCAGUAGUAAGAAGAAGAGAAACAGAGAGGUUGGGUAGUGGAGUGGUUGGGAAGAAGGAUAAGAGUAGUAAUACACCUGAAAGAAGGGGAGGAGAGGUAGAUACCCUAUCAUCAUCAUCACAUGCUGCUGCUCAUCAUGAAGAUAAUAGAUGUGUAUUCAAAGCGAACGGCUCAUCACGACUACUAUCACCAUCUACAACAACAAGAAGAAUAGCAUCACGAUCAUUGAAUACCACUACUACUACUACUACUAGUGGUAGGAUAUCCAAUAAUACUGGUACACAAUUAUAUAGUGCUUAUCAGAUCAUGGUUUCUAAUACUAUUAAGGAUGACCUUAUCAAUCGUGGGUUAUGGAAUAACGCCAAGUAUUGGAGUAAAUUCGGUGAGAUGUUAGAUAUAGGUCUCCCUGUAGAGGAUAGUUAUCAGAUGGCUAAGGAAUAUAUGGAUACACUCAAUAACAAGGAGAGCUCGAGACGUCACCAUGCUAAGAGAGUACCAGGGAAGGCUGAUGACAAGAAGAGCAACAUAGAGGAUGAAGAAGUUGGUGAAUGCCCAGUAUGUGGUAAAACUGGUAUACCUCUCAUCGACCUUCAACGUCAUGUUAAUGAUUGUUUACAAUGAGGAUUAUCCUAAUCAUCCAUACUCUAUUCCAAGUCUAUUAUAUUCAUAGAUAUUCACCUAGAGA